GGUGGGGGAAAAGCGAUGAUGAUGGCUGCGAAGAAGGGCCCGGGCCCCGGCGGCGGCGACGGCGCCGGCAAAGCGGAGGCGGAGGCGGCUUCGGAGGUGUGGUGUCGCCGGGUGCGGGAGCUGGGUGGCAGCAGCCAGGCCGGAAACCGCCACUGUUUCGAGUGUGCCCAGCGCGGGGUGACAUACGUGGACAUCACCGUGGGCAGCUUUGUCUGCACCUCCUGCUCUGGUCUCCUGAGAGGCCUGAAUCCCCCUCACCGAGUCAAAUCUAUCUCCAUGACAACCUUUACUGAACCUGAAGUGAUGUUCCUCCAAUCUCGUGGAAACGAGGUUUGCAGGAAGAUCUGGCUGGGUCUCUUUGAUGCGCAGACCUCCUUAGUCCCAGACUCCAGGGACCCUCAAAAGGUGAAGGAGUUUCUUCAGGAGAAAUAUGAGAAGAAGCGAUGGUAUGUCCCCCCAGACCAAGUCAAGGGGCCAUCCUACACCAAAAGCAGCACCUCUACCCCUACCCAAGAUUCCACUCCAGAUGUAAAGCCCCUGAGGACACUUCUUGGGGACCCUGUGCCCUCUGUUGCCAUCUCCAGCACUAGCCAGUCUGUCCCUCAGACUCGGCUCUCCCAGCACCCGUGCUCUCAACCACCCUCCCUCCCUCCGGUCAAGAAAGCUAGUACUGACCUUCUGGCUGACAUUGGUGGAGACCCUUUUGCUGCUCCCCAACCGGCAUCGAACUUUGCUGUCUUUGGAGGCCAGGGUACUUCCCAUGGAGGCUUUGCCAACUUUGAUGCCUUUGGGAGCAGCCCUUUCUCCUCUACAAUAGGAUGUAUACCUCCAGCUGGCCAGACUUUGUUCCAGACCCAGCCAACGCCCAUAGGCAGCAGCCAGGUGACCCCAUUUGGUGCCUCUCCUCUUGCUCCUGCCAGCCAGCCAAGUGCCCUUUCAGAUAUGAGCAAUGUCUUGGGAACUGGGAUGUCAGCUGGUGGUGUUCCUAGCAGGGCCUUUGGGACUGUUGGCCAUGUCUCUGGACUCCACACUGCUGCUUCUGGCAGUAAUAGCAGCAGCAGCAGCAGCACUGGACUUGGAUUUGGGGCUUUCACCAACCCUUUCAUCGCACCAGCUCCUCACCCACAGUUGCCUUCCACCAACCCAUUCCAAUCCAAUGGCCUGGCUUCCGGGCUUGGUUUGGGGAUGAACACUGUGGUUCCUAGCUUCUCUUCUGCACCGACCCCGGGUGGCUUCCCAGGAACUUUCUCUCCUAAUCUCUUCCCUCCACAAACCUUGCUGGUUCAGCAGCAGAAUGGCUCUGGCUUUGUGGGAUUAGGAGCAGCCAAACUGGGACAAAGGCCUGUGAACCAUCCUGCAGGGAUCUCUACUAACCCGUUCAUGACUGGAUCCUCAUCAAGCCCAUUUGCCUCCAAACCUCCUCCUACUAAUCCCUUCUUGUAGCACUGUGCCCAGGAGGACAUCCUUCCUGCUCCCUCUGCCCUCAAGUAUCCCUCUGUUCCCUACAUCCCAGGUGGCCACCUUUGUUUUUUGGCAUUACAGUGGUCUCAGCCCAAAAUGGGGAAUGACUUGCCUUGCUUUAGGUGGUGGGAAUCAUGGGGAUAAUGAAAGUGCUAAUGCUUUGCUCUGGGCUUGCAAAUAAAACACUAGCCCCUAGGCCAGUAGUCCCCCUCCCAGAGCAAUGAGAACCAUGGGAGUGGUUAUUAGAGGGGGCUGGCCCAGGUGUGUUUUAUUAUUCUAAAAUUUUUCCUUCUCUUAUCUCCCCUCUCCUCCAUACACAUGUGAUUCUCCCAGCUUCUAAAGCCUUCUCCUGUGGAGAAAGUUAUUAUAGAUGCAGGCCGACACAAAUUUCCUCCUCUUAGUGCUCUAGUCUAACCAACUGCUGGGAGGCUAAGGGAAGCUGAACCCACAGCAGGACCUUUCCCUCCAUGCUAAAGGGCCCCAUUCCUGGCUAAAACAGUGAGAAGUAUGGCUGCUGAGACCAAGGCAUGGGAAGGACAGUUGAAUGGCACUGGAGUUGGAGUACCUUCAUUCCCUGGCUUCUUUCUGCAUUGCUGAGCACUUUAGCAACCUUCUAAUCACCUUCCACCCUGGGCCCCCCCCCCAAAAAAAAAGCCUUUAUCUCUCUUGCACAAACUCCCAACCCAACCACCCCAUCUACACAUGCAAUGAUGAAAGGUUCCUAGCCUUCAUAUCAAAGCUGCUUCUAUCUUUCAUUUGUUUGCAAAAGUAUUUUGUUUGCAAAAGUUUAAUCCCUUAGCUUCUUUUCCUCUUCUCCCAAACUCAUGUCAGGCACUUUAGUUAACUGUUGGUUUGAUGUUUGGAUACCAGUGUUUUAUAAACACAAAGUUUUCUAAUAUAGCCUGUUCUACAUAUAUGUGUAUGUAUACAUACAUACGUACAUGGAUACAUACAUAUAUACAUA